AUAGGUUAACCUGUGUCUGAGCUCCUCUCAAGAGGCAAAACCCCAGGCCCAAGAUCCCAGAGCUCACAAGUGGAAAGCAAAGGAGGGAACGCAGGUGUGUCUGGUUCCCCUACUCGGGGCUCCCGCCCUCCCUGGAGGCGGAGAUCCUUCUAAGCUGCGUCCACACCAGGCAAAGCUGGGCCUGGAGACUCUGCGAAGAGUGAAUGCUGAAGAAGGAGCUGGGUCUCCCUCGGACAAACCUUGGAAAGCUCAACCACAGGGCGCCCAAAAAUGAAGCUAAGACUUCUCCAGUGGACUUUCACCUACAUUUCAUGGGCCAGACUGCGUUACAUGUUGCUGCCACUGUAAGGAAGCUGGGAAAUGGAGAACUGUGUCUUUACCUCUACACUGGGAAAGGAACAAGAAUCAUGGUGUCAUGGAGAGGGAUAUACUUUAUACUCACUCUGUUUUGGGGAAGCUUUUUUGGAAGCAUUUUCAUGCUGGGUCCCUUUUUACCUUUGAUGUUUAUAAACCCAUCUUGGUAUCGCUGGAUCAACAACCGCCUUGUGGCAACCUGGCUCACGCUACCUGUGGCAUUGCUGGAGACCAUGUUUGGUGUAAAAGUGAUUAUAACAGGUGAUGCAUUUGUUCCUGGAGAAAGAAGUGUCAUUAUCAUGAAUCAUCGGACAAGAAUGGACUGGAUGUUCCUGUGGAAUUGUCUGAUGAGAUAUAGCUACCUCAGAUUAGAGAAAAUUUGCCUCAAAGCCACUCUCAAAAGUGUUCCAGGAUUUGGUUGGGCCAUGCAGGCUGCUGCCUAUAUCUUCAUUCAUAGGAAAUGGAAGGAUGACAAGAGCCAUUUUGAAGACAUGAUUGAUUAUUUUUGUGAUAUCCAUGAACCACUUCAACUCCUCAUAUUCCCAGAAGGGACUGAUCUCACAGAAAAUAGCACGGCUCGAAGUAAUGAAUUUGCUGAAAAGAAUGGACUUCAGAAAUAUGAAUAUGUCUUACAUCCAAGAACUACAGGCUUUACUUUUGUAGUAGACCGUCUAAGAGAAGGAUCCUCCCAUGUGUGUCCAUGCAUCUCUCAGCCAAGAUGGAUUCCAGCGAAGAGGCCUAUGGGUAGCCUUGACAUCACUCCCCUUUUGACCUCCAUGGAGCUUUCUAGUCGGCAAGGAGGUGAAUCAAAAAAGAUCUUGCUGCGAUUUAUGUCAAAGAGUGUUCUUCCUAUGUUUUCCUGUAAGAACCUGGAUGCUGUCCAUGACAUCACGGUGGCAUACCCUCACAACAUUCCCCAGACAGAGCGGCACCUCCUCCUCGGAGACUUUCCAAAGGAGAUCCACUUCCACGUCCACCGAUACCCAGUGGACACCCUCCCCACAUCCCAGGAGGACCUCCAGCUCUGGUGCCGCAAGCGGUGGGAAGAGAAAGAGGAGAGGCUGCACUCCUUCUAUCAAGGGAAGAAGAAUUUUUACUUUACGGGGCAGACUGUCAUUCCACCUUGCAAGUCUGAGCUCAGGGUCCUUGUGGUCAAAUUGCUGUCCAUACUGUACUGGACCCUGUUCAGCCCUGCAAUGUGCCUGCUCAUCUAUCUUUACAGUCUUGUUCGGUGGUAUUUUAUAAUCAUCAUUGUCAUCUUCGUGCUGCAGGAGAGAAUAUUUGGUGGACUGGAGAUCAUUGAACUUGCAUGUUACCGUUUUUUACACAGACAGCCACAUUUAAAUGCAAAGAAAAAGGAGUAAGAUUGUAAGAUUCACAGUGUAAAAACCUAUGGGAUAUUUUGGAAAUGUUCUAAGCUUUUGUAAACGGAGAUGCGUUUUUGCAUGACUAUGUCAAAUAUUUCUUACUAUCGUCAUUAUUUGUUAAAGAUAUUUUGCACUUAGUUUUGUGGGAAAAUAUUGCUACACACACGAUUUUUUUUUUUUUUUUUAAUCUCUGAAUGUAAUUUCAACACUGUGUAGCAGGGAGCGAUCGCUGUGUGAAAUAACUUGGGCCAGAGUAUAGUAAACAAUCAUCAGGCUGUUAGCAGACAAGGUACACACAAGAUCUUCUUAAAGGCCCAAUCCUGCUUCCUAACCAACUCCCCAGACAGGAGGCAGACCUGGGGCUCCUGAGCACUGGCCCAGAUCAAGUGCUGGCACUUGACCGUGGAGGUGAGGGCCCUUCCUCCUGGCUCCCUCUUGGCCCUGUCCCCGCACUCCUUUCUAUGCCAGUCAAACCCUUGCAUCCUUCCUGAAGACCAGAAAACAGAAAUCCCUUGUCCUUAAGCUGAACAAACAUUUUAAUAGGAAGCCCUUCAUUACUCAUGAAAUCUUGGCAUUUAGCCGUGCACUGACCUAGACGUCAGAAGACCACCGGUGCCCUUUUCUCACGUGGAAAAUAAGAGCUGGACAAGUCUCAGGGAGCAACCGCAGGCUCUCCACUCAGAAACCUUAGUUUGAAUUUUUAAAGCUAGGAAUUCAUACAGUUUAGUUCUUCACUUCUGUGUAACCUUGCAUGUUUAGUGCUGGUUUCUUUACACACCUUGUUAGCAGGUGUAGCUUUUCUGCAUUAUAAACGGUAUACAUCAAGUCACUUACCUUUUUAAAGGAAAGCGCAGAAGAACGUUCUCUUAUUGCCAUCAGAAACUCUCUUUUGAAGUUGUGUCUUGGUUGAAAUAUUUCUUUAAAACCUGCCACAAAAAGGAAGGUUAUUGUAUUUUCUACAUGUGCGUGGGUGUCUAACUUCUGCCACUAAAUCAACAGCAGCACUUGCAGACAGGGCCGUAAUGGUUUAACCUAAAUUAUUCAAUCCCUGUAGCCUUGACAAGUUUUAUUCUUAAAACCAAAAUGGUCACACAAAAAUGAAUCCUUUUUUAAUGAUAGUGAGGGAUCUCCCUCUCUCUCUUUUUUAGUCCCAGGUUUCCUCUUUCAUUAGUAAAACCCACUUUUGACCAAUUGUUCACCUAAAUAUUCCUGUCAUUUGGAGUCAAUGGAAAAUUCAGCAAGUCAACAGCACCAACCUCCUUCUGAGGCAAAAAAGAAACAUGUGGCCAUUGUUUCCACUCCACUGGAGCCCUGCAGCUACUUUUCUUUUUUUUUCUGGUCCUAAUGGGAAUGCCGGUCAGAGCAGCAGAAAAUAUGGGGCAUUUAAAAGUCUUUACUGUUAAAAAACCUGUCCGCUCAUUCCUGCCUUGAACCAGCCUCAAACACUGUUUCUAGCUUUGUGUACUCUUGGCGCGAGUGCCUUCUCCUUAAUUACAUCUCCUUUGUGCCGGACGGUGACUUCCGCCGGCAGCGGACACCGGCAUCGCCCUGACAGGCACGCACGCUGUGAGCUAGACUUACCCAGCAGACUCUUCCGCUUUCAGAAAGCCACCGCAGCACUCUGUUGGCAUACCGUUUCCACUGGAGGAGAACUAACUAGUGCCUCUGCUGAGGAGCCCAGCCUGUAUUUAACUACUCCCCCAAGGCUGUUUUUAAUCCUGCUGGGGCUACUAAUUAGUUAUUAGGCACAUCUGCUCCAGACCCAGCUUCCUUGGUUUCUAAGGUGGUUAUUUUUUUAACCCUUUUUUUCCCCCCCUUAAUAAAAGAGGUUUCUAAUUUAGGUCUCUCUCAGGCUUCUGGUUAUAUUUGGAAAUAAAUAGUUUAACAAUCAGGAUUGCUUUUGUCCUGGGUCAGAGAGAAACGCUGAGUUUUCUACUCCACAGGUGUUUGUAAUGUAGCGCGGCUGCCCUUCCUCCAACUAACUGCUCACGGCUCCUUGGUUCGGGGCCUGGCUUUAAUGGCGAGUCCUCUUGAACCCUCUGAAACCUGUAAAAGGGGAACUCUUCCUUUUUAAAACAUGUUUUCUUUUGAUCGUAAAAAACAUGUUUAAGAUAAAAUGCAAAAACUCUUUUUUAGUACCCCGAAUUCAUAAGCACUGAAACUGAGACACUGUACUUCUAAGAAUUAGAAAUAACUUCAAAAAGAAAAAUGUUGCCUUUUUUUGGUCUCUGGUGUGGUUUUUUUGGUUGGUUUGUUUUGUUUCGUUUGCAAUAAGGCUUCUUUUAAAAUUGUAAUCAUUUGUGUUUUCCUACACAACUUUUUCUUCUCUUAUUUAAAGAAAUACACUGUCCAUGACUUGGACUCUAAAAUUGAUAGUGUCAGGUAGAGGUUAAUGCAGCUCCGGUACUGUGCUUGGCCUCAGCUGUGACCCCUUCCCACCUCCCAGUCUCGCUCUGGACUCCGCAGCCGCCCGUCUGGCGGCAUCUGGACUCUCACCAGUCCAUCCAUAGGAAACUCAGUGGAGUUUGAAAUGUUUGCAGUGCUGUUAUGUCCAUUUGUUACAUCUUUACCAUUCAGACAAGAUUUAAAUAAAGCAAGUGUGGUUUACAUGGGACAUGAACCAUUAUACUUAAAAUAGGAACCUGCAAGGAAGGGCACUGAUUAGGUCACAAGUUUUCCCACCAGGCCUCUUUGAUGAAACAAGCCAAAGUCAUUGUAAAAUUCAGUAGAAGAACAUGGUAAAAGACUAAAAGAAAAAUAAAUGUCAGAGCCCAUAAUUUAAAGCUCUUAAUAAAAUCCUUGUUUGUUAGGCUACUAAAACACAGACGGGGAGAAAUCCCAGCUUCCACUUGAGUCACUUUGAAAUUAGUUAUGUCCAUAGCCCCACGUCAGACGUCGUCCAUCAGCAGCUGAGACUGAACUCGCCAGGAGGGGAGACGUUCCCAUCUCACCCGGACUUCAAGCUCUGGCCUGACCACGCUGCCCUUGUACACUUUUAUAACAGAGACUAAUGGAGGGAGCCUGUUGGUAUUAAAUUGUUUACAUUUCUUUAUAUAAAUAAUGUGCUUUCAGUGCCUUAGUUACGGGUCCCUUUCUUGUUCCAAGAAUUCUUCAAUGUGUCUCUUAGGUAAAAGUCUCUUUUUGCUAUUCACUGGGAGAAAAAUGGUUUCUAAAACACUGGUCACUGUGGUCAAUACUACUUUGUGAUGACAUCUGGGAAAGAGAGCUUUAUGUGGAGGUAGCGGUUGCCUCAGGGCUAUUGUUUAUGUUGCAGAAAUGCUCUUGUCACAUGAUGAGCUUCAGAUUAGGCAUGGCCCUAAAGUUGUCUUGUGCUGACCUUAAAUUCUUAUUUCAGAAGAGAAUCUUGGGUCUGGUAAUUCAUUUUUUAAAAGAUCAUGUGCAAAAACACUACGUUUUAAAAAUAACUCACAGAAUGGCCUUAGUUUUUUAUGUCCUGGUAUGUUUGUGAGUUGUGUUCUCUGUAGUAUACAUCCCAGAAUAAAGUGGAGUGAAUUCAAUAGUUUA